AUGAAUUCAAUUUUAAACUUUUAUUUAAUUUUUACAAUUUAUUGUUUUUUAUCAGUCCAUGCAUUCUAUGAAGAUUCUGAAGAUUUUUCAUUUAUUUUGGAAAAAGAAAAAAUAAAAUCAGCGCCAAUUCCUGUUGUGAUUUGGCAUGGAAUGGGUGAUUCUUGUUGUAACCCUCUAAGUAUGUAUUACAUCAAAAAAUUAAUACAAACAAAUAUUCCUGGAAUUUAUGUUAAAUCUGUAAUGCUUGGAAAUAAUGUAGUUGAAGAUGUUGAGAAAGGGUUUUUCUCUAAUAUGAAUGAACAAAUUAAUAUUGUUUGUGAAAUGUUGAAAGAAGAUGUGAACUUAUUGAAAGGAUAUAAUGCUAUUGGAUUUAGCCAAGGAGGGCUUUUUAUGUUCGUUUUUAAUUAA